GAAACAUAUGCAAAGGUCCCGUAGGUGUAGGUUACACUUGUUACUGCGCACCACUAUUUAAACAUUUAGAAGCACGCAUAGAAAGAGACAAGAAGGAACUCCAAAGAGCCCACUUUAGACUUCGUCAAAGAGUAAUCGGUUUGGAGCAAAAACUGAAAAGGGGACAACAUGGUAGAAGAUCGGAAAGAGUUUUGGCGUCUAGUAGUAGGGAAAAGGAGUGUCCAUUGCCGAGGUCCAGGAGUUUGGAGUUAUUGUAUCAAAUGGAUAAGCCACCUUUGCAAACGACCAGGAGCAUGGACGAGCUGGACCCUCCCCCAGAAGGCGACGACCACCAAAGACCAUCUGUAAAGGAACUAGUUGCCAGAAUACAACAACUGAAUGCUUCUAAUAACAACGGCGACAACAGCGAAACGAGCGACGACGAAGACAUGCCGCAGAGGAGGAAGCAGCCCCCUGAAGACUCCGAUCCGGCACAAGCACCGCUGGAGUUCCCUAGCGACGCGCCUCCGAGAAGCAGGAGUGGUGUGUACAGUCCUACCAUAGUGAAUACGCUAACGGUGAACCAAAGUCCAAGGUACAUCGAGCCCAUAGUUGAAAUCCGGGAGUCUGCCCCGUUCAGAGGUUUUGACCAGCCUAGUUCCAGUAAACGAGGCCCCUUGUACCAGUCAGAGCUCGGAUUCGUUGAACCAUAUAAAAUUCAGUAUUACGAGAACGCAACGGCUGCAGAAAAAUUGAGUACGGGUUUUGCAGAACGACGGGUGCUCACUAGCGCUAAGGUCUACGGAAAUGAAACAGGUCUCGCCGGUGCUUCUAGGCUCGAAAUGAACUAUGCUGGAACGAACAUUCAAGAUAGUGUCGAUAGAGAUACAAAUAAUGAUUCAGGUUAUUCCACUAAAGUUUAUGGUAGUUCCAAAGGAAAUUCUCCCAGUUUGUGUGGGAAGAAUGACGGGGAGUGUUUGGGAGCUUCUAGUUUGGUUUAGGAGAUGAAAAGAUAACUAUUUUGUUUUUGUUUCUAACAAGAUGAGAUCUAUAAUAAAGAUUAUUAUUGUA